GAGAACGGAAGCGGAAGUUCGGCCAUCUCCUCGUACAGCCAAGCCAUAACAGGACAUAAUUUAAUUGGAGGACUGACACAAACAACAUGUUCGGGCCUCUUGUCAAAGAUUGCUUGUUUUCAUCUCCAGGCGUGUGUGGUUUUGAGAUCCAAUGUUGCCACUGGAAGAACCAGACCAGCUGAGACAAAGCACUCCAUGAAUGAGUGGUGCACAAGACAAAGAAACAAAAAGACACCAACAGGAGAGACCCUUAUUCUGGAUCAUUCUUGUGUAACAGAUUGCAGCAGAACUCGGCAGUCAGACUGUUGCCAUGUCGACCUCAUCGCUACGGCGACAAGUAAAGAACAUCGUCCACAACUAUUCAGAGGCUGAAAUCAAGGUUAGAGAGGCAACGUCCAAUGACCCAUGGGGCCCCAGCAGCUCUCUGAUGUCAGAGAUUGCUGAUCUGACCUACAAUGUUGUGGCCUUCUCAGAAAUCAUGAGUAUGGUGUGGAAGCGCCUCAAUGACCAUGGCAAGAACUGGAGACAUGUGUACAAGGCGAUGACUCUUAUGGAGUACCUUAUCAAGACGGGUUCAGAACGUGUUGCCCAACAGUGUCGAGAGAACAUUUAUGCAGUCCAGACCCUCAAGGAUUUCCAGUAUAUCGACAGGGACGGCAAAGACCAGGGCGUUAAUGUGCGAGAGAAAGCCAAACAGCUGGUGACACUAUUGAAAGAUGAGGAGAGAUUAAGAGAGGAGAGGAUCCACGCCCUCAAAACCAAAGAGAAGAUGGCACAGACCUCCAGUGCUUCCUCAGCUCCCUCAGCUCCCAGCCUGGGGGGUAGCUUGUCACUAGGCUCCCACUCUGGAGGUGCAGAUCCUGAACAGGCGUGGCCACAAAGCUCUGGAGAGGAAGACCUGCAGCUCCAGCUGGCUUUAGCUAUGAGUAAAGAAGAGGCAGAGCAGACUAGCAAGGACCCUCUGGAGGAUGCAGAUCUCCGCUAUGCAAUCACACUGAGCAAAGAGAUUCACCAAAAGGAAGAGCGACUGCGCAGAGGCGAUGACCUGAGACUGCAGAUGGCCCUCGAAGAGAGUAGGAGGGAGAAACCGAAAGCAGAAGAGGGCGCUCUGAUGGAGCUGAGUGCCGUGGACCCCUGGGGGGCCCCUGCUGCUGCUGCCGCCGCUUGUGCUGCUGUGUCCACUGUUGGCUCUGCCGGGCCCUCGCCUCCACCCACAGUUCCUGCCCCUGCUGCAUCUGGACCGUGGGGCGCAGCACCUUCAGAUCCAUGGGGUGUGGCUUCACCAACAUCUCCUACAAAUUCUGACCCUUGGGGUGGGGGAGCCCCUCCUACUAUAGCCCCUCCUCCAGACCCAUGGGGAGAAACAUCCAACAAAGUUAACAAUGUGGACCCUUGGGGAAGCUCAGCUGUGACCCCCCCAAGUGCCGACCCCUGGGGCCCCCCAAUACCUCCCAGCACCUCUUCCUCUGGGGGGUCAGUAGAUCCCUGGGCAAGGGACGGGCCACUCCCUGCCUCUGACCUUGUCACCUCCGACAUCUGGAGUGGCAACGCCAAACAUACUAAUGGCACAGGAGACCCAGAGCGACGAGGAUCCUUGGUGAUGGGUUGUGAUAGCACAGGUUCACCGGUGCCCUUCGACCUGUCGUCUCUCGAGUCAUCCCUUCCUGUUCGUAAAACCCCCGAGUCCUUCCUCGGCCCCAAUGCAGCGCUGGUGGACCUCGACUCUCUGGUGUCGUCUAAACCCAAACCUAAACAGCCACCACCUCCUUCUAUCUCUUCUUCUUCAGCGCACAAUCCUUUCCUUCAAAACACAGGCUCAUCUCCGGUUCCUUGCAUGGCAGUGACUCCGGGGAGCACCAUCUCAAGUAGGGGGGUUUCUCCAACACCUGCCUCCACCAACCCAUUUGGUGUGGCCCCGCCCAUGGCCUCCAUUUCACCUCAGCCCUCAUCACUCGGCCUGAGCGGCCUCCGUGCCAGUCCUGUGCCUCCCAAUCCCAUGCUGGGCAUGGUGCAACCAGGAAUGGGGAUGGGGUCAAUGAGCGUGGGUAUGGGGGCUCCAGGAAUGGGCCUGGGCAUGAUGCAGGCCACUCCCAUGGGCAUCCCCUUCAGCGGUCUCUCACCCAUGGCGCCCCCAGGCUCGGCUCUGUUGGGGUCCGGAGGUGCAGGAACUCCACAGCUGAUUUUGGGUGGGCCCACUGGAACUGGAGGAGUGAUGGGUGCAGGGGGGUCAGUGGGAGGUGGAGGAACAACGGGAGCGAGCACCAACCCUUUUCUUCUUUGAGGAAGUGUCACCACUCCUUAGCUCACCUGUUUCACCCUCUUCUGUCGUAUCUGCUGCCCCCUCCAUUCAUCCCCCUUCAACACACUUUGUGUCCAAAAA